AUGCUAUACACCACGCUCCUCAGCAACAAACACGGCUACUCGCCUGGCUCCGUCCCCCGGAGUAAUUCCAGAGUGUUGCACCGCUUGCUCAAUGAAAAGUCUCAACGGUGCCGCGACGCCGUGCGCCAUGUCAUUCUGAUCCACAUCGAUCCGGUCUCCGACGUGCUGGGGAAGUGCUCCCUCAUCGAGGACGCGUUCGUUCUGUGCCCGCUCGAGGAGACCGUGCUCCCACGCCUCCAGCAACUGCCCCAUCUGCGGCGUCUGCACUGCGACGCGCACAUGCUCACGUACCUCGACCGAUCUGGCGGCAUCCUCCCGGCGCUGACGCACCUCGAGGUCCUGCGGGGCACGUUCGAGACGCCCGCGCAGCUGCGCGCGCUCGCCGAGCGGAUCCCUCGCCUGACGCACUUCGCGUGCAACCAGCUCCGCGAGCACGAUCUCGCGCUGUGUGUGCAGAUCCUGCAGCGAGUCCCGGCGCUCGAGGUCUUCGUCAUCAUCGACGUGCUGGACGAUCUAGUGCUGCUGAGCCCCGAGCGCGAGGCGGUGUUUGAGGCGAAUCUGCGGCUCGUGUGGGUCUCGAUGGCGAGUUACGUGGAGGACUGGGUCCAGGGAGCUAUGGGCCGCGUGGACUUUUGGCAAAGGGCGGACGAGCUCGUUCGGAGACGCACGUCCGGGACCAGCGAAGAUGGUGCGCUCCUUGUGUGA